AUGGCUCAAAUUGCCCUGGCACCGUCACUUGGACGUGCCGUGUCUCUGGAUGGGUGCCGCCGUCUGCGUGAAGAUGCACGUUUUGCAGCUCCAGGUUGGAGAGGACCUCGGGCAUCAAGCCUGUGGCUUCUGGCAGGGGUCUAUGCAGGCCGGCGACCAGUUCGCGCUUCUAUCGCUGUAGAAGCAGGGUGGCAUCCCGGUGCUGAGGAUGCUGAUGAAGCUGCCCCUUUGCCGGAUGAAAGCAAUGAGAAUGACGAGUCAAGCUCUUACAACGACUUAGGUGUUCAUCGGGAGAUGCUCGAGGAUCGGGUGCGGACGGAGGCCUUUCGCGAGGCGAUCUUCCAGACCUGCCAGGACAAAGUGGUCCUUGAGGUGGGCUGUGGAAGUGGCAUCCUCUCGGUCUUUGCUGCUCAAGCUGGUGCCCGGCGUGUGGUGGCUGUGGAGGCCGAUGUGGAAAUGGCCGAGCUGGCGCAGGAGGUGGUGGAUGGCAAUGGUGUCGACGUGAACGUUCUCUCGGGCCGUGUGGAGGACCGAGGGUCGCCCAAGUCGUCGACCAAGCAUUGGACGGCCAAAAGGUGGAUGUACUGA